AUGAGCAGUAAUGAAGAGCUGAAGGAGCUGGAGGGCGAGUGUGCUAAGGCAGUGGAGGAGAGGGAGAGCCUUCAGAAGGAGUUGGAAGCAGAGAGAGCCAAGGCGGCUGCUGAAAAGGAGAGCCUUCAGAGGGAGUGGGAGGCAGAGAAAGCCAAGGCAACUGCUGAAAAUGAGAGCCUUCAGAAGGAGUUGGAGGAGGAGAGGGCUAAGGCGGCCUCUGAAAAUGCGACCCUGCAGAAUGAUCUGGACGAGGAGAGGGCCAAGGCAGCCUCUAAAAGGGCGGCUUACCCCGAUCUGUAUGUUGCAGCAGUGGACCAGUUCAAGGGGUCUGUUGAAUUUCAGAUGGCAGUGGAUGCCGCGGUCGCCAGUAGCUUGGCGAGGGAGGAGUCUGGGGGGGCGAGUCCGUCGAGGACGACUGCUGGAGGAAAGACUGAGGCAGAAGUGAUUGAGAGCUUCUAG